CCAAAGAUGCCAACACUUAACCAGUUCCAACGCGACCGACUCUCUGUCAGUGCGGAUCAUUUAAAAUUUGCGCAAUUUUUCGUCAGGGUAAAUUAACUUUUUACGCUAAAAAUGUCGAUUCCUAUAUGAAUUCAAUGACGCACUUGACGUUGUGAGAAGUUUGUGGUUUUAUCCUAAGAAAAUCAAAGUUCCUGUACAUAUAAAAAUGUAAGAUUUUCUUCAUUUUGUCUUAGACGUUUAGAGAUUACUUUAACAAGUGCUCAAGUGAUCAUAAAGGAAGAGAACAAUGAAGAGGACAUUGUGUGUUUUGUAUUUUUACUUUAUCUGUGUUAUUUGUGGUGAUAGUUACGAAUAUAAAGAAGAAGGAUCAUCAUGUGUUCAGUUAGGAAGUCCUGGGAUAUGCAAAAGGAUAACAGAGUGCGAGGAAGCAAUGGAUUCGUUGAAAAGACAUGGGAAGCAUGACCUUUUGAGGUGUGGAUUUGUUAAAGAUGAAGAGGUGGUUUGCUGUCAUGGAUUCUUUUUUGACCGAAAUCCUACGAUAGAAAGAACGACAGUAGACAGUAGAACAGUGUGGAGCACUAAUGACAUUGAUGAUGGCAAAAAACCAAACGGGAAACGCAUGAGUGAAAGAAUGUGUGACAAAUAUAUAAAAGAAUAUAAGAUAAAACCCGAGAUAAAUUUCCAUAUAAUCAACGGAGAAGAUGCUAAAAUUGGCAGAUUUCCCCAUAUGGCCGCUUUAGGUUUUCGAAGCGAUUCCGACGAGAAUAUAAUAGAAUUCAACAGAUGCUCGGGAUCACUAAUUUCAACCAAAUUUGUCCUAACAGCGGCCCACUGUAUGUUCUGUGCCAUCUGUAAAAACCCAGUGUUGGUUCGGUUUGGAGUGAUCAACAUCACUGAUACUAAGGACGCACAAGAUAUAGAAGUAAAAAACAUAAUACUGGGAGAUUACAACUACACGUCAAAGCACAACGAUAUCAGCUUGAUCGAGCUGAUGAAGGACGUAACAACAUCCAGGACAGUCUAUCCAGCUUGUUUGUAUACCUCGCCUGAUGAUCCUAUUAGUUUGAUCAUAACUGGAUGGGGAAAUACAGUAAACACGCAAAGGAAUGUACGCCCGGCAGUGUUGCAGCAAGCAAGAAUUGCACCAGUUGAAGUGGCAGAAUGCAACAGCACCUUCGCAAGAGUGGAUAAGGUUUCCCCAAAAGUGAUAAUGCAUACCCAAAUCUGCGCUAUUUCAGAAAGCGAUGCUUGUGAGGGUGAUUCAGGUGGACCGCUACAGGUGGUUAGAAAAGAUGGCGCCUAUGGAAUAGUAGGAAUCGUCUCCUUCGGGAUUGGCUGUGGCACUAAAAUACCGGGUGUGUACACAAGGGUGUACACAUUCUUGGAUUGGAUAGAACAAAAAGUAUGGCCCGGUUAAAUAAAUUAUUU